AGUCUCCUAUGAUCUACCCACUACUUGCCUCGACAUCAUGGAGACUAGCCGAACUCUGUGCUCUCUGUUGCCGCCAAUGGUUUUUGGAUAAUAGACAUCAUGAUCAGUGCAAAUUUUCAGACGAAACCUCACAUCUGCAUGUACGCUACUACCAGUGCUCAUCAGAGUUCAGAGAAAAGCAGAUUGGGCAUGUAGCAUGGUGUUUGCUGUUAGUCCCAGAUUAUACGGUGAGAGAGGUUCAGGUGGCAGAUCAUGUCUCUCCUAUAUUUUCAUGCCCACGAACCAAGUAGAUUGGUAUAUAACCCACAACCCUCAAAUCCUCUUCUGUCGCUCAAGCAAAUAAGAUGUGGCUUUUACACAAAUCACUAGAAUGGUCAUGGGCUUCGUUGUAUCCACUUUCUAAAACUAGCAAUGUAUUUCUAAGUUAAUGAAGAACUCUCGAUCUUCAAUGGAUUUUGUCACUUUUGUGUAAGUCUGUAUGUGUCUAAGUCAUACUCCGAUAUUUCUCAAGAAAAAAAAACCUUAUAAUAUGAAAUGCAGCAUAUCAGCUGUUCUGUCAACUAAGGGCAUGUACAAUGCAUAGCCUCAAGGUGAUGCCUCGCAUGCCAUGUAGGAUCGGAUAUGACGUAAAGUAUGUUCGGUUAGGGAAGCGGGAUCCUCUUCACGAGGCGGGUGCUUGAAAGAAAAAGUGUGGUCCGGUGACAAAAGUUGAAAAGGUUGGAGUAAAAAGUAGAGAUGGAUGUGUGGUAGAGUCUUUAUUUUUUAUUUUUUUAAUGAGGCCCACUAAUGGUAGCAUUGGGGAGAAAAAAUAAAUAUAGAUGCCUCAAAUUACUUUUUGUCACGGGGCAUAUUUAUUCAUAUGCCACCAUUGUACAUGCCCUAAGUGGCCACUCACACACCUAGCUAAGCUCGCUAUCUUGCUCAAACAUUAAUGUGAAAUGUGAGAUCAAAACAACACUUGUGCUCUCAUUCCAAAUAUCAAGAGACGCCAGGGGCUCCACAAGAGAGCAGACUGCCAAAAGAUACUCUACUCUGCCGCAGUGCUGCCAAAAGCAACAUUUUGAGCACUUUUAUGGAGGCUUUAGUUAGCACCCACUAUCAGCAUGAGCCCCUCUAAGCACAGUUAAUUAGCAGCACUUCAUGCUGCUUUGUCUUUUCCUGGCUCCCAUAUAUAGGACAAGCCUGACAGUGUCAUCCGUGUGUACUUGACUGAACUCUCAGUUGCUUAUGUCAGAUAGUGAGCACUCUGCCGGUCAAGCUCGCUCUCAGCUCUAAGUUGUGUAUCUCAGUUGCUUAUGUCAGAUAGUGAGUAGUCUAAGUUGUGUAUCUAGUUGAUGCUAAUUGAGCUUUGUCCUAGCAUCAAGCUCGCUCUCAGCUCUACUCGUCGUGUGCAAUGGAGGAAUGCCUUGAUCAGCAGCAGCAGCAGCAGAAGAAGAGCAACAAUGGGCAGCUCCAGAGGCUUGAGGGCAUCGAGGAGGAAGGCGGCCAGGCCCCGGCGGAGAAGUGGCCUCCGACGACGGUGCGGGCGCCGGAGACCCCGACGGAGACCAUGGAGUUCCUCGCAAGGUCCUGGAGCCUUUCGGCCGCGGAGAUAUCCAAGGCGCUCAAGGUGCUGAGCAGCAAGGGCGUCUGCGACAUCCCUGACGUCGGCGUCGUCGCGGGCGCAGGUAAAGAGCAGAGACCGCCGCCGCCGCCACCACUUGACGCGACAAUGGCGGCGGCGCAGGCAGGAGGAGGAGUGGCGAGCCCGCCGUUCUCUCCCAGGGCGGGCAACAUGGACGCGCAGCUCCUCCGGGCCGCCGCCGCCGCGGGGAGGGCAGGGGGCGGCAAGACGACGAUGGGCGCGUGGAUCAAGGAGCAGAAGGAGAAGAAGCGCGCCGAGGCCCGGUCCCGCAACGCGCAGGCGUACGCGGCGACGUCCGUGGCCGGGGUCGCGGCGGCGGUGGCCGCGCUGGUCGCCGGCGCGGUGUUCUCGUCCUCGCCCGCUCCUCCUCCUCCUCCCCCCGCCGCCGCGGCGCCGGAGCGCGCCCAGAGGGGCGACGGCGGGGCGAAGACGGCGGCGGCCAUCGCGUCGGCGGCGGCGCUGGUGGCGUCGCACUGCGUGGAGAUGGCGCAGGCGAUGGGCGCGAGCCACGAGCAGAUCCUGGGGUCCAUCCAGUCGGCCGUGAACGCGCAGUCGAGCGGCGACAUCAUGGCGCUGACCGCCGGCGCGGCGACGGCGCUGCGCGGGGCCGCCAUGCUGCGGGCGAGGCUCCACAAGGAGAUCCAGGCCACCGCCCUGCCCGGGGACGCCGGCAGGGCGGCGUCGGAGCGGGACAUCUCGCCGCUCAUCUUCGUGUCCAGAGGCGGCGAGCUCCUCAAGCGCACGAGGCAGGGUAUCCUCCAUUGGAAGCUUGUGACGGCGUACAUAGACCCCAACUUCCAGGUGGUCAUCAAGAUGAAGAGCGCGCACAUGGCGGGAACGUUCAUCAAGACCAAGAAGUGUGUUGUGGUGGACGUCCGGUCGGAGGUGGCGGCGUGGGCGGGGAGGGAGGUGGAGGAGGGUGGCCGUCGGAGGGGCUACUUCGGGGUCCGGACGGAGGAGCGGGUGAUCGAGUUCGAGUGCCGGAGCAGGCAGGAGCAGCACAAGUGGGUGCAGGGCAUCACCGAGAUGCUCAACCGCCGCGACAACAUGAACAUGAACAUCACCCACCUUGUAAACUAAAUCAGUCAGAUGCCAUGGAAAUGCAGCACUCCGUCGGUGCUAUUCUGGCUUCGUGUGAUCGAUCACAUCUGCAUGUAUAUAUGUUACUCCUUGUGACUCAGUAUUCUGCUUGUGUUGGAAAAAAAUUCAGUACUAUUCUGCUUGUGGUCUGAACGCCACGAAUCC